AUGGAGCCUUCAGUAUCUCCGCCAGGCGCACCGAAGCAAGCUGGCACGCGCAGACCUUGUACUGGAUGCUCUGUGAAGGAUUUGUGUCUUGUUUCAAAACAAGGGUCAAUAGCUGAAGUGGAAUCUGCUUUGGCCUUGAUAAAAAAGAACGGUGGAAGCAUUGAUGGUAGAAAUGCAUUUGGCCUUGGUGCCCUCCACCUUGCGACAUGGAGAAAUCACCUUCCAAUCGUCAGGCGGCUCCUAGAUGCUGGUGCUAAUCCAGAUGCAAGGGAUGGAGAAUCCGGUUGGAGCAGCCUUCACAGAGCACUUCAUUUUGGCCACUUGUGCAUUGCUGGUGUUCUUCUACAGUUUGGUGCAUCCCUCAAUUUGGAGGACACCAAGGGUCGUACACCUAUUGAUCUUCUCUCUGGCCCUGUAUCACAGGCUAAUGGGGAUUCUCCCAAUUCAGUUGCAACGGAAGUCUUCAGUUGGGGAAGUGGAACAAACUAUCAACUGGGAACUGGCAAUGCCCACAUACAAAAACUACCUUGCAAAGUAGAUGCCUUGCAUGGGUCAUACAUCAAAACUGUUGCUGCAUCAAAGUUCCAUAGUGUAGCAGUCAGUUCUGAUGGUGAAUUAUACACUUGGGGAUUUGGUCGAGGUGGUCGUCUCGGACAUCCGGAUAUUCAGAGUGGCCAGACGACAGCUGUGAUUACCCCUCGCCUAGUGACAGUCGGAUUAGGCCGUAAAAAGGUGAAUGUUGUGGCUGCUGCGAAACAUCACACAGUGAUUGCUACAUCAGCUGGGGAAUUGUUUACCUGGGGAUCAAACAGAGAGGGUCAGCUUGGUUACCCUUCUGUCGAUACCCAACCAACACCAAGGCGUGUUAGUUCACUCAAGCAAAGGAUAAUUGCAGUAGCCGCUGCAAACAAGCACUCAGCAGCAGUUGCCGAUACUGGCGAAGUGUUCACAUGGGGUUCCAAUAAGGAGGGCCAGCUAGGCUAUGGCACUUCAAACUCGGCAUCCAAUUGCAUUCCAAGAAUGGUAGAGUAUUUGAAAGGAAAAGUUUUUAAAGGUGUAUCUGCAGCAAAAUAUCAUACGUUAGUGUUUGGGGCUGAUGGUGAGGUGUUCACUUGGGGUCAUCGCCUCGUGACCCCUCGCCGUGUUGUAAUAGCUAGAUGUCUUAAGAAGGGUGGAAAUGCAAACGUGAAGUUUCAUCGUAUGGAGCGACUUCAGGUGAUCUCUGUGGCAGCUGGAGUGAUGCACAGUACUGCUCUAACGGCCGAUGGUGCUCUUUUUUACUGGAAUUCAUCGGAUCUGGACUUAAGAUGUCAACAGAUAUUCUCUAUGUGUGGACGGAAUGUAGUGAGCAUCUCAGCUGGAAAGUACUGGACUGCACUGGCUACAUCAACUGGUGAUGUUUUCAUGUGUGAUGCAAAGAAACGUAAGGAUGAAACUCCAGUAUUUACUCGAGUGAAUGGUGUUAAGCGAGCAUCAUCAGUUUGUGUUGGUGAAACACAUAUGCUUGUGCUUUCUAGUAUUUACCAUCCUGAGUAUCCACCCAAACCCAAAAUCCAAAGCAAAAAGCCCUCAUCAGAAUGGAGUGGUGUGAUGGAAGAGUUGGAUGAAGACAUAUUGUUUACUGAUGUCAAGCCUGAAACUGAUCUAUCUGUAACCAACAGUGAAAUGAGCAAAGGCAUACCCAGUCUGAAGAGCCUCUGUGAGAAAGUUGCAAUUCAGCAUAUAAUGGAGCCAAAGAAUGCUAUACAACUUCUUGAAGUUGCUGAUUCCUUGGAAGCCAAAGAGCUCAAGAAGCACUGUGAGGAUACAGCUAUUCGCAACCUUGAUUACAUCUUCACAGUGGCAGCUCCUUCAAUUAUGAAUGCUUCUCCUGAAAUUCUUGCAAAUUUAGAGAGAUUGCUGGAUGAAAAAUCCUCGGAGCCCUGGAGUCACCGCCGUCUUCCCACAAUGACAGCUACUUAUCCUGCUGUGAUUGAUAGCGAUGCAGAGGGAGAUAAUGCAGGAGGAUUCCCUAGGCUCAGGGACAGUCAGAAGCCUGCAUCAAAGUUGUAUGGAAUGUCAGGUUAUGGUAACUUCCUUCAGAAAGAAAGCAGUGCUGAGCAAGCUGUCUCCAAACAGAUCAGGGCAAUUCGCAAGAAACUGCAGCAGAUUGAGAUGCUCGAGGCUAAACAACUGGAUGGUCAUCAGCUUGAUGAUCAACAGCUAGCAAAGCUCGAGUCUAGGGCUUCCCUUGAAAGUGAACUUGCAGAGCUUGGCUUUCCAACAGAAGCAUUUUCAAGACCUUCAGUUUAUGUGCCAAACAAAAAAUGUGAGGGUUCUAAGAAACAGAAGAAGAAAAUCAAGCAGGCAGCACAAUCUGAUAUUACCUCUAUAAAGCACGAGGACAAGGAGCAAAACCACAUUAAGGAGCUUCCAGACGUGAUACCAACCCAUGGCUCUUCAGAAAAGAAUGCCAGCGGUCAGGAACCAGUCAAACCAUCUGAUGAUGGCACUUCGAGUAACACAAAAGCCAUCUUUUGUCCAUUAGGGGACAAAGCUUCCCGGCUAACUUCAUCAAAGAAGAAGAACAAGAAAGGUGGCUUGUCAUUGUUUUUGAGUGGUGCUCUUGAUGACACCUCAAAGCUAAGCUUGCCUACUCCUGCUGUGCCUGUGACACCAAAGCAAGAAGGACCUGCCUGGGGUGGAGCUAAGAUAACGAAGGGACCUGCUUCCCUUCGUGAUAUUCAAAGCGAGCAGAGGUCGAAAACUAACGAGCUGAUGACGACGAAAGCAAAAGACCGCAACGAGGAUUCACCUGACAGUGCUGGGCUUUUGCGGCUUUCUUCAUUUAUGCCUGAUGCGUGUUCAAGUCCAAUAUCUGUUACACCUGCUCGUGCUGUUCCUGCUCACGAAGGGGAUAAGAGCACACCUCCUUGGUCAUCUUCAGCUACCUCACCCAACCUAUCACGGCCUUCACUCAGGGACAUACAGAUGCAGCAGGAGAAACGGCACCACGGCGUUGUCUCCCACAGUCCGAAAACCCGGACAUCAGGCUUUGCCAUACCAUCCCUGGGCGCAGCGCCAGAGGUUGUUGGCGUGAAGGACAACGUUCCCAACCGCUGGUUUAAGCCAGAGACUGACACCCCGUCCUCCAUCCGCUCGAUCCAGAUCGAGGAACAAGCGAUGAAGGACUUCAAGCGUUUCUACACCACCGUGAGGAUCAUGAAGCCACAGGUCUAG